CAUCAGCGUGUUUUGGUUUCCCUUCACUUCUUUGUGCUUUGUCCCUCAGAAACCGGACGGCGUCACUCCUGUCUUUUCAUGUGACUUGGUCGUUCUGGAGCUGUCAUUGUGUUUGGUUCUGCAUGGAAUGACAGCUGCUUUUUUAGAGACGGUGGAAGAGGUCGCGGAUGGAGUGAGGACUGCCACUAACUGGAAAGCUCCUUGAGAAAUCGUAAAGAACCUCUUCAAAGACUUGCUGCUUUUUCAAGCGUUUAGACUUGCCUCGUUGCACACUUUCUACCAUUUGUCUCACUGGAUACCAAUGACAGCCAUGAAGGGAGACUCCGAAGACAGCAUUGAAAGUGUGAGGCCGUCCAGCCUGCAAGUUUUCGCCAACUCCUCCACACUACAUGGCAUGAGCCACAUAUUCGCCUAUGGCCACAUGACGUUCCGUCGCUUCUUAUGGACGCUGUCCUUCAUGGGCUCUUUGGGUCUCCUGAUGUUUGUGUGCAUGGACAGAGUGUACUACUACUUCGAGUUCCCCCACGUCACCAAACUUGACGAGGUGGCGGCGCCCAACCUCACCUUUCCGGCUGUCACCUUCUGCAACCUCAAUGAGUUUCGUUUCUCGAAGAUCUCGAAGAACGAUCUGUACCACGUCGGGGAGCUGCUGGCACUGCUCAACGAGAACCACCAGAUCGCUAACCCUCACCUGGCCGAGCCGGAAGUCCUGGCUUUGUUGAAGGAGAAGGCUAAUUUUGUCAACUUCAAGGCCAAGCAGUUCAACAUGACGGAUUUCUACAACCGCACGGGCCAUGAUAUUAAUGACAUGCUCUUGCAGUGCACCUUCAGAGGGGAGGAAUGCAUCCCACUAAACUUCACCACUAUUUACACAAGAUAUGGGAAAUGUUACACGUUCAACUCUGGUCUGGAUGGAAACCCCUUGUUGACGACUUUAAAAGGCGGAACAGGAAAUGGGCUGGAAAUCAUGCUGGAUAUUCAACAGGAUGAGUACUUACCGGUUUGGGGUGACACAGACGAAACCUCGUACGAGGCGGGCAUCAAAGUUCAGAUCCACAGCCAGGACGAGCCGCCCUUCAUAGAUCAGCUGGGAUUUGGUGUGGCCCCUGGUUUUCAAACUUUUGUGUCUUGUCAGCAACAACUGCUCCAGUAUCUUCCUCCGCCGUGGGGCGACUGCAGAUCCGAACCGAUGGACUCUGAAUACUUCUCCACCUACAGCAUCACGGCCUGUCGCAUCGACUGUGAGACCCGCUACCUGCUCGAAAACUGCAACUGCAGAAUGGUGCACAUGCCAGGCACCUCUACCGUCUGCACACCCGAACAGUACAAAGACUGCGCUGAUCCAGCUUUAGAUUUUCUAGUGGAGAAGGACAACGAUUACUGCGUUUGCGAGACGCCGUGCAACAUGACUCGAUACGGUAAAGAGCUGUCCAUGGUGAAGAUACCCAGCAAGGCUUCGGCCAAAUAUCUCGCCAAGAAGUUCAACAAAACUGAACAGUAUAUUGCGGACAACAUAUUGGUUCUGGAUAUCUUUUUUGAGGCUCUGAACUAUGAGAAAAUUGAACAAAAGAAAGCCUAUGAAGUGGCUGGAUUACUUGGUGAUAUUGGUGGUCAGAUGGGUCUGUUUAUAGGAGCCAGUGUCUUGACCAUAUUGGAGAUAUUUGAUUAUUUGUAUGAGGUUUUUAAGGACAAAGUGCUGGGACCAUUUUUACGCAAGAGACGGCCACAUCGGAGCGCUAGUGACAAUCUGGAUUUCCCCGAGAAUCCCACCAGCCCUGGUGUCACGCCUAACCAUGUCCCCAGCUUUCCAGAUGGAGAUGAUGUUUUGCAGAAGUUCAGAGCACAUGCGACACACUCCGGAGUCACUCAGACAGUCUCGGAUUCGCGCCGAACGUGCUACCUAGUCACCCGGCUAUAGGCAACUUCGAGGAAUUCGCUUGUUGAUGACGCAGGCGACGGGACGGUUUAGGAUACGACGGAAAACUGUGAAAUAUAUAUCGGACAGACUCCGAAAGAAGUGUAAGUCCACGAAAAUGUACAUGUUAAAUAGUAAAAAAAAAAAACACCUUAAUAGAAUCGAUAUAUCAUCAUCAAGUACAAAUAGGCAACACUUCCAAAACAAAACUCAGGUUUUAUUAACAUCACAGCCGCUCUUUGUUUGACUUUGUGGAAAAUCCUGGUAGAUUUCAUGGCAUUUCUUUUCGGACGAUUUCAAACGUACAAAUACUGUGACGGUAUUUCACCCGAGAGAGUAUUUUUUCCUCUGUGCUUUUCUGAAUCCUGUACGAACACCGUGGGCCUAAUUUGAUCAAGCCGACCUUAAACGAAUCUGAAAAAGAAAGCAUUUUAAUAUUGCACAAAAAUUGUUAUAGAUACAGUCGGUUUGGCCAAGGUUUAAAUCUAUUUUGGCACUUUUUUUGUACAAUAAUCGUGUGAGCUUCAACCGCGGUUUGACUGAAUUCAGCCCUGCGAUAGUACUCGAAAAUAUGUAAUCAUUCCGAAUGUUUGUCUCUGUUCAUAUUUUGUGUAUAUAAGUGCAAUAAUAUGUUAAUGAAUACCGUAUAUUACCUUCAAGUCUUAAUUAUUAGCUGUCAGGUAAACAGAAGGAACCAGAUGCUUUCGGUACAACCUGAGUUACCAGCAAUCAUGCCGUUUUAUUUAGACACGCUGAUGUUACUCUAUUUAUUUCGACUUCCAUCCACUACACUCUAA